AUGCCUGCCUCCGCCCUCACCGAGAACAUCAAGAUCCCCCAGAAGCAGAAUGGCGAGAAUUCGGUCCGCCGGGAAGUCUCUCGCAGCCUGUCCAUAUCGACCUCUCCCCACGAUGCCUUCCACCACCGGCAACCGUCCAUGGGCCUAGAGGGCUCGUCGCCCACUCUCCGAAGGACGACGACCGGGGCAGUUGCAAAGCAGCUGAAGCCAUUCCGAGAACAAGACGUCAAGAUCCUGCUGUUGGAAAAUGUCAAUCAGACUGGAAGGGAUAUCCUGCAGGGCCAGGGCUACCAAGUCGAGUUCUUGAAAUCCUCGUUGCCAGAGGACCAAUUGAUUGAAAAGAUAAAAGAUGUACAUGUGAUCGGGAUUCGCAGCAAGACGAAACUCACUUCGCGCGUACUGGCAGCGGCCAAGAACCUGAUAGUGAUUGGGUGUUUCUGCAUCGGCACGAACCAAGUCGACCUACAAUACGCGGCGUCGCACGGGAUCUGCGUGUUCAACUCGCCGUUCUCGAAUUCGCGCAGUGUGGCGGAACUGGUGAUUUGCGAGAUCAUCGCUCUGGCACGACAGCUGGGCGACCGCAGCAACGAGAUGCACCGCGGCACGUGGAACAAAGUGUCGGCGAAAUGCUGGGAAGUGCGCGGCAAGACGCUGGGCAUCAUCGGCUACGGGCACAUCGGGUCGCAACUGUCGGUGCUGGCCGAGUCGAUGGGCAUGGACGUCAUCUACUACGACGUGGUGAACCUGAUGGGCAUGGGCAACGCGCGCCAGGUCCCGUCGCUGGACCAACUGCUCUCGACCGCGGACUUUGUGACGUGCCAUGUGCCCGAGCUGCCGGAGACGAUGAACAUGAUCUCCAAGCACCAGCUCGACACCAUGAAGCAGGGCAGCUACCUGAUCAACGCUUCGCGAGGCUCCGUCGUCGACAUCCCGGCCCUGGUCGACGCCAUGCGCGCUGGCCACAUCGCCGGCGCCGCCCUCGACGUCUACCCAGCCGAACCCGCCGGCAACGGCGACUACUUCACCAACGAGCUGAACCCGUGGGCCGAGGAUCUGCGCAGUCUGAAGAACUUGAUUCUCACCCCCCAUAUCGGCGGGUCGACGGAGGAAGCGCAGUCCGCCAUCGGCGUCGAGGUCGCCGAUGCUCUGGUCCGCUACGUCAACGAGGGCGUCACGGUCGGCGCCGUCAAUAUGCCCGAGGUCAGCCUGCGCAGCUUGACCAUGGACGAACCCAACCAUGCGCGCGUCAUCUUCAUCCAUCAGAAUGUGCCUGGUGUGCUGCGUCGCGUCAACGAGAUCCUCGGCGACCAUAACGUCGAUAAGCAGAUGACCGAUUCGCGCGGCGACGUCGCCUAUUUGAUGGCUGAUGUCAGCAGCGUUCGUGAUGAGGACAUUGCCCAGCUGUAUCGCGAGCUCGAGAGCUUGAAGGAACGCAUCAUCACUCGCAUUCUCUACUAG